UUGCUUCCGUCCCAGGCCCCUAGGUGUUGAAUUUCAAUUAAAAAUGGCGGCAUUUUGAGUUAGAUUCUCGAUACCACGUUUAUUGAUUAUUUUAUACGCGAUGGAGCGCGGCAGAAGAGAUAGAUCUAGAUCGCCUAUUCGUGACAAGGAUAAAGAGAGACACGGAGACCGACGAGAUCGAGAUGAAAGGGGGAGAGAACCACGAAGUCACGGAGAGACAAGCAGAGGGUCACUACCCCGAGACAAACCACGAGGCGACCAUAGGCCUAGACACCCACAAGAAGAGAGGAGAGAACGACCAGACAGGGACUUAGACAGAGAAAGAACCCGAGACCACGAUAGACAUAGUCGUCAUGACAACAGAAGAAAUGACAGGAGGGCUAACAGCCAACAACAAAGCGCUAUGGAAGGUAGAGGUGGGCGGGUGCCGAGAGAUGAUGGACAGGACAGUGGAAGGGAGCGGCCAAGAAACAAUAGAAGGCAAGACAAGGACCAAGACAGGCUAAGAGGUCAAAGAAGGGAGACAAGGAGUGGCGCUGAUCGUUUAGGAGAGUACUUGGCCAGUGAAGGCAACAAUGAAGAGGAAGGAGAGGUAGCAGCUCCAACAGAGAAACCAAACUAUGAGCUAUCAGGAAAGCUUACUGAGUACACCAACACAUACAAGGGUGUAGUCAUCAAGUACAAUGAACCCCCUGAGGCAAGAAAGCCUAACACAAGAUGGCGUCUUUACCCAUUCAAAGGAGAGGAGUCUCUACCGGUCAUGUAUAUUCACCGACAAAGUGCGUAUCUACUGGGAAGACAAAGACAUAUUGCUGACAUUCCUAUAGAUCACCCCUCCUGCUCCAAGCAGCAUGCUAUUCUACAGUAUCGACUUGUUAACUACGAGAAACCUGAUGGAUCUAAAGGACGAAGAGUCAAGCCUUACGUGUUGGAUCUUGACUCUGCGAAUGGCACAUUUCUCAAUAACCAGAAAGUUGAACCAAGGAGAUACUAUGAGCUAAAGGAAAGGGACGUCCUCAAGUUCGGCUUUAGCAGUCGGGAGUAUGUACUGCUUCACGAGAAGAGCUCCGUGGGAGAAGGCGAAGACGAUGGGAGAAGCGGCGACUCGUCUGGUGGAGAGUCACCACCUGAAGAAUCUUAGAAGUCAUACACGUACAUAUCUUAGAAAUCGUACAAGCUUCUUAGAACUCGUAAACAUCCUAGAACACGUGCAAACAUUUUUAUACUCCUAUUUAUGGCGCGCCGUUUGAGGGCGACAAACUUUGAAGUAGCGGGGGCACUUUUUAUAAGAGGGCGACAAACUUUGAAGUAGCUGGGGCAGUUUUUAUAAGAGGGCGACAAACUUUGAACUAGCGGGGGCAAUUCUUAUAAGAGGGCGACACAACUUUGAGCUUGGGGUAGCUGUAGUGAUUGUUUUGAAGAAUCACUUGACUGAGUUUGAAACAGCGGGUGUGCAGUUUCAAAGACAGGGCGACGAUUCAAACUAGCGGGGGAAGUUUUUAGAAGAGGGCGACAAACUUUGAAAGAGCGGGGGAAGUUUUUAUAAGAGGGCGACGAACUUUGAACUAACGGGGGCAGUUUUUUAUCUCAAACGGCGUGCCAUAUCCUAUAAGUGUAGUCACUGUCUAUAGACAGGAAAGUCUUAAUGCAAACCAGACUGCAGGACUCUAAGAAAAGCUUAAAUUUCCAUAAUUAGCAAUCUUGGAAUUCGUGCAAACAUAUCAGACAUCAAAGGAAGGAGAAGCGCUUUCACGAGGAUUAACACAAAUUUUUUCAUGAAAACUGGACUAUGGCGAGUAGCUCAGGGGGUGAAUAUGCAAGGGGACCAGGGGGUGAAUAUGCAAGGGGACCAGGGGGUGAAUAUGCUAGGGGUUCAGGGAGUGAAUAUGCAAGAGGCCCAGGGAGUGAAUAUGGAAGGGGCCCAGAGGGUGAAUAUGCAAGGGGCCCAGGGGUGAAUAUGCAAGGACCCAGGGGGUGAAUAUGCAAGGGGCCCAGGGGGUGAAUAUGCAAGGGGUCCGAGGGUGAAUACGCAAGGGGCCCAGGGGGUGAAUAUGCAAGGGGCCCAGGGGGUGAAUAUGCAAGGGGACCAGGGGGUGAAUAUGCAAGGGGCCCAGGGGGUGAAUAUGCAAGGGGCCCAGGGUAUGAAUAUGCAAGGGGCCCAGGGGAUGAAUAUGCAAGGGGCCCAGGGGGUUAAUAUGCAAGGGGACCAGGGGGUGAAUAUGCAAGGGGCCCAGGGGGUGAAUAUGCAAGGGGCCCAGGGGGUGAAUAUGCAAGGGGCCCAGGGGGUGAAUAUGCAAGGGGCCCAGGGGGUGAAUAUGCAAUGGGCCCAGGGGGUGAAUAUGCAAGGGGCCCAGGGGGUGAAUAUGCAAGGGGCCCAGGGGGUGAAUAUGCAAGGGGCCCAGGGGGUGGAUAUGCAAGGGGCCCAGGGGGUGAAUAUGCAAUGGGCCCAGGGGGUGAAUAUGCAAUGGGCCCAGGGGGUGAAUAUGCAAUGGGCCCAGGGGGUGAAUAUGCAACGGGCCCAGGGGGUGAAUAUGCAAGGGGCCCAGGGGGUGAAUAUGCAAUGGGCCCAGGGGGUGAAUAUGCAAGGGGCCCAGGGGGUGAAUAUGCAAGGGGCGCAGGGGCAGAAAGCACUAUUCUUUCUUUAUUAUUAUCUCGUCAAAAAUCGCAGUUUGUUUAUCUUACGAUCUAUUGGGCAGGACAACUUUUUACUGGUGAUACGGCUUGUAUUUUGUGGUAAUUUUUAAUAAAGAAAUGUUAUAGAA